AUGGACGCUCCGGACCAUGCUGUGCUGCGCCCGGCCCAGUUCCCAACCCCACCCACCUGCCCCUGUUCCCAACCCCACCCACCUGCCCCUGUUCCCAACCCCACCCACCUGCCCCUGUUCCCAACCCCACCCACCUGCCCCUGUUCCCAACCCCACCCACCUGUCUCUGUUCCCAACCCCAUCCAUCUUGUUCCAUUCCAUCCUGAGGCGCAGCAGUGCUUCUGCUCUAACACUCUCAAGGAUCUGAGCAUGGACGCCCCAGAUGAUGCUGUGGAAGACUGCACUUCCUUCAACUACCCGACCACCCUCAAGGACCCGAGCAUGGACGCCCCGGAUGAUGCUGUGGAGGAGUGCAUCUCUGCCAACAACUCUGGUGGCCUCAAGGAAAUGGACAUGGACGCCCCGGAUGAUGCUGUGCUGCGCCUGGCCCAUCUGGCCCUCUCCUGCACCGCCGAGCGCACUGCCAGCCGGCCCAACAUGUCAUACGUUGCCAGCGAGCUGCAGGGAAUCAGGCACGAGGUGGUGGGGAAGGAGGAGCUGAGUGCAGCAGUCAAGGUGGAUGAGCUGGCAAAGGAGAGGCGGAUUGGGAUGUCGUUAAGGAAAAGCUUGGGUGCAGAGCUGGAAGCCAUUGUGAGCAUGGAUGAGGAGGAAUCUAAUGAAGAGCAAGCAGGCAGGCAAGUCUAA